CACCACAAAAAGUAGAUGGUGGGGAUCUUGCAUGCCUGUGCCCUCCGCAAGAUAAAGGGGCACGGCAGUAACGAUGGCUUGCUCGGUGCUCGGAGUGCGGCUGGUCCCCUCUUCGACAACGCACCAAGCAAACAUCUCUAUUUUGCUGUUCUAUCGCAGUAUCUUACCUGACGUCGGCUGCGCCGAUCGUACCCUGCGAUACGUUGAGCGCACACAUUGAGUCGAGGGUUUUGACGGACACGAUCUGCAACAUUGUCUACAUCCACGACAUGCUAUCGCGGACACGGCGCUCGCCUCCACAGGGUACGCGGACUUCGCGAGAUCUCUGGAAAAUAACAUCGUAUAUAUAUCCCAUCUAGAGAAGGACGAAGAUGGUGCAAGUACCAGCCAUGGGCCCGAAGGCUGCACAUGCCGAGCAGCCGAACAGGCGGGCCCGUGCAAACGCCCGCCCGCCCGCGGCGCUUCGCAGCGGCACGGAGGGUUCCCUCCGUACCCUUACUGUGUACUCACUCUCUAGCACUUGGCGAACAAUACCGCUGUGGCUUUCUCGCAGCAGCCGUGUGGCAUCUUCUUACUUCGGCAACGCAGCCGCUCGGGUGGACGCCGCCACCCCUGGAAGGGAAUCUGAUUCCUCUUCGCCCUUAUCUGCCGUAACGCCGCUGUCCGCGCUCUCUGAGAGUCGUGUGGACGAAUUGAUAGAAGCACUGGAGGAAGAAGCCGCGCGGAACAGUACCGCCGGCGAGAUUGACGCCCCCAGACGCUCACCGCCGCGCAUACAACCCUCUCCUACUCCCUCUCUGUCCUCUUCCUCCUCGUCUUCCUCCUCAGACGACUCCUUGCUAGUAUCCCCGUCGAAUAUGGCUCCUCCGGUCUCGGAACUCAAGGCGACUAGCGCCAAUGCGGCCGUCUCGCAGGCCUCCCAGAAACAUGCUCCCGUCGUAACUCCGGGGAAGCUCACGCCGGCCGUCCUGCUGCAGUGGGAAGCCUACUGUGUCGCGUUCUUCCGGAAACAGAAGAUCGGUGACGCAGACAAGGUCGCGGAGGUCGCGCCUGGAUUCCAAGAUGAGCUCAUCCCACAUUCAUGA